ACUCUGGGUAAAGACUCCGCACAGGUUCCAAUGGUAAAAUGGCUGAGAAAGCGAAGCUCGAAGGCAGGGUUAGAAUAGGACACUACGUCCUCGGAGACACCCUGGGAGUUGGCACCUUUGGAAAAGUAAAGAGUUAAGUGCGCUUUUCGUUUAUUACGCUGUAUUUGCAUGCCAAAGUGUAAUACCGCGUGUAUUAACAAGGAUUAUAAUACUAAAAUGUGACGGUUGCAGACUACGUCGUUUGUGUAGCGUAGCCUUGAGAGAAGCUAGAUUGUCUUAAAUUAAGCGGAUAGGUUAAAUUGCGUUGGAGAAUUGGGAUUUGAUGUGACAUUGCGUACAUUUUUUCCUUGCUAGUCUGCACACACAUCUCAGGUGCGACUCGGCUGCAGCUGCUGUACAUAUUAUCAAUGUGACCCGUUUGAUGUGGCGACGCAGUGUGCGCAGAGAGGUGACAGACGAAAACCUUGACAUUCUGUUUAGGCCUAAAGCUUUUAAAUAACACAGUGUUUGUUUUCAAUUACAGAGAUCAACAGAACCGGUGGAAAGCUGCCUCGCAUUGACUGGUUUUGUACCAGUAAGAGGAGCGUUUAUUACCAGCACUACCAGUAUUAGGAACAGUAUAUACGUUCAGGAUUUGCAGCACUUUUUCUUAAAUAAUACAUGUAGCAAAAGCUUUGACCUUGAACAAGAACAGAAGAACACACAUCGGUGUAUAAAUAAGUCUCAUUAAAGUGCGGUUAAUUAAAUUGUGCAUGUUCUACAGUGCGUGGUUUAUAUACCUGUACUUAUUAUCAGAACACACACACACACACACACACACACACACACACACACACACACACACACACAACCCCCCCCCCCCCCCCAAUAUUUAUUUGGCAAUUGAAUUGCAAUAUUUAAUUCCAAAUAAAUAACAAUAAUAAAUCAGUCGUCUUCUAUAAGUUUUCACUGACUUCAACACAUUUUAAAACUAAUAUUUUGCAGGGGCUGUGCCCCCCAGACCACCCCUAAAGGUAACUAAUUCUACCCCCGCGCUGUUGUUAUCUCUGGGUCAUCAUGGGGCAUGCCGAUGACGGACCUAAACAUUUGGGGGGCACUAAAAUGAAAACACGAGGAAAAAUAAAUCCUGGUUUAGACUACAGAUACUCAUACUGCAAUAUGCAUGACCUUGACAACCAGGGAAAAGGCCAUGACAGGUGCAUGCUGAUGACCUCAUGAGCAGUGUUGAUCUUGUUUUUGUUUUUCACUUUAUAUUGUGUGGCUACGAGACUGUGCUUACCAGCCCAAAGCUGCAGCAUUAUUCUUUACCAGAGAGUGCAGUUAAAUGUACAUAGUCUCUGCAGGGUUCCAAGUCAACAAGUAAUGUCUCAGCCGUGGUUCUUGUAUUCAGUACUGUGCGUUUUGUUUUUUCUGUGCAGUAAGUCGGUGUUAAGGUGCUUUCACCUGCAUUCAGAGCGCCUCUUCUUCUCUAGCUGCCUGCCAUAUGAUUCAGCAGAGCUUAUCUUAGAUAGCCGCUACAGAGCAUUUCUAUCGUGAAGCGUGUGUUAUGUUGUGUUAAGGAAAGAAUAUUUGGCAGCAGCUCUUAUUUCUGCCUGCUAUUAUUAGCACUAUAUAGAAGUGCCCUUGUGGUUUGCUAAUGUGCUUCUCCUAUUGCAUUUGAAAUGUCUGCCUUCCCCCACAGUACGGCGGAAGCUCUGCUUUGCUGUGUGUACACCUUGUCUCGUGGAGCAGCUACAACAGAGUGAAGGGGUCAUAUAGAUAGGUCUGCUCUAAUGUAGGUGCUGUGAUUACAGUGCAAAACCUACAGGCAAAGUUGAAACCCAGUGCCCUCUUACAGCUAGGAAAGGCAAGGCUGAAAAUAGCACAGCCUGAGGAAUACUGGGAUUAAUGUGGGGGAAAGUACCGUGGUAGCUGCGCAAUGUAACUCUGCAUUGCUUAAAAAAAAAAAAAAAAGCGCUUUCCCCAUUUACUAAGCAAUAUAAAUGUUACUAACAUAAGCAAGGAAGGAAAGGAAAAGUACUGAAGGAUCCCCCCCACUCAUUAGCAUCACAAAAGGCUGCAAACAGUAGCCUGCAGCUCUGCAAAUCUCUGCUGCACCCCUUCUUAUCCCAGCUCCAUUCUUUACCACACAGAGCACUUUCCUUCACUUGCCUGGCACACUCUUAUGGGUACGGCCUUUCCAAAACAAUAACGUUGCCAUGUUAUUACGUCUGUUGUAAAGCUGCAUUUAUUUGCUUAAGCUUCUUUUUGAUUGAUAUGGAUGGAUUUGGAUUAAGCAGUUUUUCUCCAGAAUUUUUUUUUUUUGUAAUCAUGGUUUAAUGAUUUUUAUUCAUGCAAUUGAGUACAGUAUAUGGCCUUUACAAAUUACAAUGACUUGUUUAAAAAAAGAUAAUAACCGCAAACUAAUCACCACCUUUUUUUCCAAUUAAACCAAUGGUAUUCACAAGAGGUCUAUUGUCUCGUCCAAAUGGCCGGACGACGGGCCUUCAAAUCAAGUGUAUUUGAGCCCAAUGUUUCAACUUUGACCGAACUUCAUAAACAUGAAACAAAUACCAUUUUUUACAGAGUCUGUGUCAUGGAGGUUUGUCCUGAACCAUGGAAGUUAUUAUGAUGAUAUUAUGGAAUGUAAUCGUUGUACAACUUUUCUUUGCUUGAUUAGUCGGAGAACACCAGCUGACUGGUCAUAAGGUUGCAGUGAAGAUCCUGAAUCGGCAGAAGAUCCGAAGCCUGGAUGUGGUGGGGAAGAUCAAACGAGAGAUUCAGAACCUCAAGCUCUUUCGCCAUCCUCACAUCAUUAAACUGUCAUCAGCACACCCACCGACUUCUUCAUGGUUAUGGAAUAUGUGUCUGGAGGGGAGCUAUUCGAUUACAUCUGUAAACAUGGACGGGUGGAAGAUACAGAAGCACGUCGCCUUUUCCAGCAGAUAAUCUCAGCCGUGGAUUACUGCCACAGACACAUGGUGGUCCACCGUGACCUGAAACCAGAGAAUGUCCUUCUUGAUGCCAACAAGAACACCAAGGUAGCCGACUUUGGUCUCUCAAACAUGAUGUCAGAUGGGGAGUUCCUUCGAACCAGCUGUGGCUCCCCCAACUACGCAGCUCCAGAGGUGAUCUCAGGCAGGUUAUACGCCGGCCCUGAGGUUGAUAUUUGGAGCUGCGGGGUCAUCCUGUAUGCUCUCCUAUGCGGCACGCUGCCAUUCGAUGAUGAUCACGUCCCCACGCUCUUCAAGAAGAUCCGAGGAGGAGUCUUCUAUAUCCCCGAAUACCUGAACCGCUCAGUAGCAAGCCUCCUAAUGCUGAUGCUGCAGGUGGACCCACUCAAGAGAGCCACCAUCAAAGACAUCAGGGAAGACGAGUGGUUCAAGCAGGACCUGCCCAGUUACCUGUUCCCUGAGGACCCGGCCUACGACACCGACGUGCUAGACGAGGAGGCGGUGCGGGAGGUGUGCGAGAAGUUUGAGUGCACCGAGUCAGAGGUGAGCAACAGCCUGUACAGCGGGGACCCCCAGGACCAGCUGUCCGUGGCGUACCACCUCAUCAUCGAUAACCGGCGCAUCAUGAACCAGGCCAGCGAGUUUUACCUGGCCUCCAGCCCCCCCGCCGGCUCCUUUAUGGACGACAGCAUGCAGCUGCCCCCCGGCAUCAAACCCCACCCAGAGCGCAUGCCCCCGCUCCUCGCGGACAGCCCCAAGGCACGCUGCCCCCUCGACGCCCUCAACACCACCAAGCCCAAACCCCUGACAGUCAAGAAGGCCAAGUGGCACCUGGGCAUCCGUAGCCAGAGCAAGCCCUACGACAUCAUGGCAGAGGUGUACCGGGCCCUGAAGCAGCUGGAGUACGACUGGAAGGUGGUGAAUCCGUAUCACCUGCGAGUGCGACGGAACAAUCCUGUGACAGGGAACUUUGUGAAAAUGAGCCUGCAACUGUACCAGGUCGACAACCGCAGCUAUCUCCUGGACUUCAGGAGCAUCGACGAUGACGUCAUUGAUCAGAAGUCGGGCUCGUCGACCCCCAAGCGCUCCGGGUCCUUGGCUGGUCUCCACAGACCCCGGCUGAGCCUCGACGCAGCGGCCAGCGACGGCCUGUCCCUCGGAGGCUCUCUCACGGGCUCGCUCACAGGCAGCACCCCCUCCAUCACACCGCGCCAGGGCAGCCACACCAUGGACUUCUUUGAGAUGUGCGCCAGUAUCAUCACCAUGCUGGCUCGCUAGCUGGGAUCCAGGACCAUCGAUGGUGUCUGUAUCCGCGUUAUAGCAACGGGAAUUUUUAUUUGAUUAGAUUUUCUAGCGAGUCCUGUGAGUAUGUGAUAUGACCCGUUUGUGUUUGACAAAUCCACGCCCACGCAUUGUUUUAUACUUGAUUUUUAAUUUAAUUACAUUUUUUAACCAUUUAAAAAAAAAAUGAAAUUAGUAACACUAAAUAAAGUGUUCAGUCACAUCUUAUAUAUUCUAAUUUUAAAAUACUGUUAUUAUAAAUGAAUAUCGUUUUUAUAUUCAAUCACUUAUUUAUUUGAUCACUUAUUUAACAACACGUUAUUGUAGGCAUUUGAAAAGCCAAACCAAAAAUACAUGAACAAAAACAAAUAAUGGAAUUGCUUUUCUGUACAUGGGAUGAUGCUCAGUAACCCUAUUGUUUUCUCUAUCUACAGUGCAGACAAUCAGUUCAACCCAAACUCAGUUUCUCCGUCUCUCAGUUAAGAUGGGACUUGCUAUUCACCCAUCCAAGUUUUGCAUGAGUGGUUACGAGGAAACACAGCUCAUUAACAGCACAUGGAAAGCAGAGAUAUAAAAAUGCUUGAGUAGAGAUUAAAAUAAUCUCUCCUAGUUUUCCACCCUAAUCUCAUGUGCCGUACAGCACAGUUACUCAAAUACAGUACAAUACUUCAACAAGGGGGCACAAUGCCCUCAGUUUCAUCGCAAAUGUGCAAUGCUAGCAUGCCUGGAGAGCUUGAUUUCCUCUGCCCAUUAUUUGAGAUACCUCAGAUAGGAUUUAAUACUGUAGUCAGAUUUGUAAUACUGUUUAUGAUGUUUUGGAUUGUAGUCUGUUGCUCUGUAUAGCAUUAUUUGACUCUACAUUAUUAUUAUUAUUAUUAUUAUUAUUAUUAUUAUUAUUAUUAUUAUUAUUAUUAUUAUUAUUAUUAUUAUUUUAAAUGUGUGUCAGUAAUUAGUUGAGGUUUAUAUUCUAUUUCAAUGGGUCAGUGUUUCAAUAGAUAGUGGCCACAUGGUCUACGGGUUGGUAUUUGAAGAAUCUCAGUUGAAUGGUUGGACUGACUGUGAUGCAAUAUCACUUUUCAAAACUCAAUAAUCCACUUUACAAACACCCCCGGUUCCUUUGGAGAAUGGAGGUUUCACUCCAUAAACAGGAAAAAAAAGGUAUUUUAUUUAUUUGUUCAUUUAUAAUGAAAUUCGCCCUGGCUUGCCAAACAUAUGUCAAAUACAAGCCAAUAAUUUUAAAGACAGUGCGGUACUUUCAAUGUUAGCAGUGCCCCCAGAGGAUAUUGUAAGACCUAAGAAGUGUCUGUGCCUAUUUUAUUACCCAUUUUUAUUUGCUUGGAGUCUGAACCAUAUAAAUUGAUAGCUGAUGUAUGGUAGCCUGACACACUGUACUGGGAUAGAUCAGGAGACGUGUGUUUCCAUCUUCGGCAGUUGAGUGCUGACACUAGUGUUCCAGUGUCCACACUGUCGCAGUAAUACCAGUCUGCCCUCUGCCUGUUAUAGUAGACUUGUGGAGGCUAAAUGGAUUUACCUGAGCAAUCAGUACUUGGUAAAGUCAAUCAAACAUGCAUUCAAUCAAACGGUUUGCUGCACAAUCCAUCUGUAUGCAGCUUCUUCAUUAAUGUUAUUUAUCUACUGUAUAUAAAUGAAACAGGUUCUGGUUGUGAUAAAUAAUGAGCUUUCAACUUCUUCAGAUGGAAAUGCAGUUCUGAAUGAUACACUGCUGGGGUUGCAUUGCAUUUGAAGUGUCUGUUCAGACGCAGGAAGCAAAUGCAUGGCAAUUGAUGACCCUCUUGAGUUCUAGACCCUAGAAUUCCCUGUGCUGAAGCAAUCACUACUACUGUAGCUGCUACAAUCUAUUGCCUCCAGAGGCUGUCCUGGGUUUGAAUUGAAAACAGCUGUCGUCUGAUUGUAUGCAAACCAAACCACUUUGUUCUAUUGUCAGGGGGGUAUUCACUUAAAUAACUAACAUGCACAUUCCAGUUAGUGUGUUAAGAGUGCCUCUGUAUCUGCAAUGCGUACAGUAUUGCGGUGGUAACAGUGCAUAACAGUAGACUUUACUGUGCUCUUUCUCAAUCAUCAUGCAUUACUGGUACUGCACUCCCGGAUAGACAUUUCUCAGAUCUCAUUUUUUUACAAGCAACAAAAUCCCAGACAGAUUGGGUGUUCUGUUUUCCCUUGUGCAUUGCUUAUAUUACAAAAGCAAACAGAACCUUUCUCUGGAACCUUGUAAGGGAAUAAUCUCAAGACACUUCACAAAGUCAAAAUAUCAGUGAUGAUAACCCUGGCAAACACAGUAAGCUUGGGUUCGGAUCUGCCCCAGGAAAGUUAAAGGCGUCCUCUGCUUCAAGUGUACAGGAAUACAAAACCAAGGACAGCCACUGAAGUUGCCUUAAAAGUACAUUUAUUUUUUCCUCAUUGUUACAGACGCUCAUUUUAGUACUGUACCUAUUUAUUUAUGUGCAUUGAUUGUUGUUCAUUUAUGUGCAUUGAUUGUUGUUCAUUUAACCUCACCGAUCAAACUAACUGUGCCGGGGUGGAGAGAAGUAAGCAGUGCAGCUCAGCGUGCAAUAGAAUCACAGCUGCACAUUGCAGGAGGGGAGCAACUACGGCUGUAAAGGUUUUAACGAAAAUAUAAACGGUUGUUUUUCACUAAACCUUUAACAAAAAAUGUGUUGUUUUAUGAGGACUCUUCCACUGAUUUAAAAACUUUUCUUGAUCACCUUAGGUAAGGUAGUCCAUGACUAGUGCUAAUCGGGGGUCUGUUCAGUACAGACUGGACAGGGUGAUAGGAAGCAUUGGUGCCCCCCUGUGGGAACUCCUGGCAUUGUUCACCUCCAGCCAUUGAUCCUACAGUUGAUGAACAUCUGUGCUUCCUGUUUAGUCUCCCUGUACCGUUCGCACUGUAUGCAAGACAGCACACCCACUGAUGGCUACUGUGGAUUUGCACCAUGUUGUAUAUUUUGUUUUUGUAUGUCAUGAAAAAAAGUUUAAAGCUAUUGCAAUGUCUUUGUAAUCAAUGCAAAAAACAAACAAACACUUGAACCAAUUUAUUUUAGUUUCAUGUACAGUGCCUUUUAUUCAUUGUAUUAUGACAUGUACUAUCAUUACAGUCAAGCCAGUUUGUGUAUUCAUCUAGUACUGUGCAUGUCUACAUGGUUCUUUUUCUUCUCAAACCUUUUUAUAGUUUGGGCAUUGUAAACUACUUCAGUGCAAAUGACCUGGCAGACCUACAGACCGGCCGACAGGAAUGCCCCAGCGAUGGAUUCUGAGAGUUCUUUGCUGUUGUGCAACAUUGGGAUGCACAACAGUUGAUUUAUAUGGAAAAUUACACAAACCUCUUUACUUCUCAUGUGGCACCAACCAAAUCUUUUUUUCCAUGGUAUUUAUAUAGCCAUAAAGUUGCAUUGUUCUUUGCUGAAUAUGAACUAUUUAGAGACACAGUUCUAUCUCUUUGAUGAUGUAACAAUUUAUUACAAUUGAUAGAACACUGUUACAAAGCUUGCAUUUUGAGUUUUUGUAUCUAAAUCAAUUAUUUGAUACAGCUAACAUGUUAGCUUCUGUGUUGUUGGUGCCACUUUUUUUUUUUUUUUAACACUUAAAACCCCAGUUAAACAUAUAUAUUUUUUUAUUUAUGUAUUUAUUUUUCAAACGAUAUUUUUUGGCAAUGUGUCAAACUGUGAAGUUUUUAACAUUAUGAUUAUUAUUGGUUAAAGCUCUAGUUGGUAUGCAUGAUAAUCAUCCAGCUCCUGCAGUGUAACAGAUAAGACUCCCACCGCGGUGCACUUCAGGCCAUUCCCAGCUUCACAAUGAGCUUAAUUAGUUACAGGACAGUUUGUGGCAUCUGUAAUGUCUAGUUAAGCCCAGUUGUGACUAGCCGAGCUUAUAUGAAAGCCACAAAUGUCUCGGACUGAUCCAGAUAAGAGCCUUUUCUGUACCACUGCACUGCUGCCUCCCCGGAGUCCUGGUUCUAGGUGUUUUUUUUUUUUUGUGUGAUGUUGCUCUUAUGAUUAUUUGCACUUUAAUAAAUAUUUAUUAUAAAAAUGAA